AUGACACAAGAGCCGGCCCAGAAAGACAAUGGUUCGACACUUACGUUUGGCUUGGAAGUGGAGUUAUUUUCUGCGUUGAAAAACAACCGGUUCAACCGGUUCACCCAUUUCAGUCUUGCAAGUCUUCUAGGGACUCGCCUUCGACGAACUCCGCUGAAUGGACCUGAAGGAGGCGGUGCCGAAAUUAGAGUAGAGGACGAAGAUUAUGAUCCAGACUGCGAAGAUGGGCUUGACUAUUCGUGUUGGAAUUUAACCACAGAUGACGUCGCUGUGCCAAAUCAUCCGGAGUGGUUCGAAGGCUAUGAAUCACAAUCCCUCGAGGUGAUAUCACCUCCUUAUCGCAUGUCUUCCAUUUUCUGGGAACGAGAUCUGCAGCGCGUUUUCACUUUACAGACAUUCCGAUAUAAUCCUAUUCCCUGGAGAGAGCUUCAGAUGUACUGUGAACAAAACAGCAGCACCAGUGUUCAUAUACAUAUUGGAAAUGGAACUGACGCGGAUGCUGCUUUUCCGUUCCAUACAGUCCGCAGUCUUGCCAUGAUAUUACUGGUAUAUGAGAUAGAAAUUGAUAAGCUUUUUGAGAGUGCAACCACGAUGCAGUCAAGGCCUGAGAAGGUGGUUCGCUGCAUAUCAUCUGCCAGCAGCCCCUUCUUCAAACAUCUUCCAGCACGCUCAACAAGACCUGACUUAGCCCUGCACUUACUGAAUAAUUGCACUGAUAUCGAGGCCAUUAUUGAUGCGAUGAAUCCCGACGGCUUCACCUUCACUACCCCAAGCGAAGUUGCGUUUUUCAAAUACAACUUCACCCCUCUGCUUGACUCCGUGCACCCAACACCCGUUACCAAUAUCGGCGGUAAUUGUAAAAGGAUUCCCAAGCGAAAACCCCCAACUGUGGAGUUUCGUUACCUUCCUGGCACUUUAGACCCAGAUACGAUGACUCAUUGGAUCAGGUUUUUGGGCUCUUUGGUCGAAUUUGCUGGAAAAAUUGGGCCACAGGCUUUGGUAGAAUUCCUGGGGCUUGACCAAUGCGGCAAAUCGGCUUCAGAUUCUCUAUUUUCUCUUUCUGCCUUUUCCAUGUUAUCUGGCCUCCAGCCCGUUGGUGGGUUUGCUCGCCUUUUAACUGCGAUGGAAUCGGCACAUAUUCCUCUCGAUCCUGACACCACACGAUUUUGGCGCCGGAAAAUCGAAAAGAGCCCGUGUUAA